AUGAGUCAUUUCAAGGACGUGGCGUUCAUCAAUCCAGCUAACGUGGUCUUCGUGUAUAUGCUUGUCCGGGAGCUGGUGGACGGAGAGCGAAUAGCUCGUCCUCAAGAAUUACAAGCUGUAGUACUCACCUGCCUCUACCUUUCAUACUCCUACAUGGGCAACGAGAUCUCCUAUCCAUUGAAACCCUUCCUAGUUGAGGAUUCUAAGGAUAAGUUUUGGGACCGCUGCCUUCUCAUCGUUGAUAGGCUAUCCUUCAACAUGUUGAGAAUCAACUCGGAACCUGGGUUCUUCACUGAAGUGUUCACGGAGUUGAAGGCGUGUGGUACAGUGGACAGCCCCCCUCCCGCGCCGCUCCAUCCAGCGCCCGCCCCCCCUCACGCCCUCACGGCCGCCUGA